UGCAGCUCCAGCUUCGCUUUUGCCCUUUUUCCGACAGUUAACCGCCAGGAGGCGUGGCUUAGCUUCGACUUUCUUCCAUUUCUGACGGUUACUUCCCCACCUCCGGGGCGUGGCUUAAUUUGAAAGCCCAACCCUCCAGGGGGAAGUGUCAAUAGGUGCUGCACGUGCAGGUCAUUUAGUCAGGGGAUUUAAAGUGAAGAGUCUUGUUAGCGCCACCUUUAGCCUUGUUCACAGCUGAGAUGAAGGCUGCGCGGAUUGUCCUGAGAAACGCGGCUCCUUUGGCCGCUGGUAGUGGUAGUGGUAGCGGUAGCGGUAGUGCUAGUGCUAGUGGUGGUGCUAGUGGUAGUAGUAGUGGUAGUGCUGGCGCUGGCGGCUCUACUGCCAACAACGGUGCCGGAGCCAGAGCCGGAGCCGGAGCCGAAACAAUCAAAGAAGUGGAACGUUUGUCGCGUUUCUCUCCAUCGCCUCUUUCCAUCAAGCAAUUCCUGGAUUUCGGUUCAACAAAUGCAUGUGAGAAAACCUCAUUCUCAUUUCUUCGGCAUGAGCUUCCAGUUCGGCUAGCAAAUAUUUUGAAAGAAAUUGAUCUCCUUCCUAAUCUAUUAUUGGGUACAACUUCAGUACAGUUAGUAAAGGAUUGGUACAUUCAAAGCCUACUGGAACUAGUGGAAUUUCAAGAUAAAAAAUCAGAUGACCACAAAGUUCUUUCAGAUUUCAUAGAUGCCAUUACUAAGAUCCGAAACAGACAUCACAGUGUAAUGCCCAUGAUGGCACAAGGGAUAUUAGAAUACAGAGAUUCAUCUAAAAUGGAUUCAUGCAUCAAUCAUAAUAUUCAGUAUUUCUUGGAUCGAUUUUACAUGAACCGGGUAUCUAUUCGAAUGUUAAUAAACCAGCACACAUUUAUAUUUGAUACUAAUAAUGUGUGUAACCCGCGACAUAUUGGAUGCAUUGAUCCUUGCUGUGAUGUUGUGGAUCUAGUGUAUGAUGCUUUCCAGAGUUCCCAGAUGCUUUGUGAUCAACACUAUUUUGCUUCUCCAGAGUUAAAGCUUACUCAAAUAAAUGCAAAAGCACCUGGAGAGCCUAUAUACAUGGUAUAUGUACCUUCUCAUCUCUUUCACAUGCUGUUUGAACUUUUCAAGAAUGCAAUGAGAGCAACAGUUGAACAUCAGGAAAAAAAACCUUCCCUUGAUCCAAUUGAGGUGACUGUUGUACUUGGAAAAGAAGACCUAACAAUUAAGAUUGCUGAUAGAGGUGGUGGUGUUCCACUGAGGAUAAUUGAAAGACUCUUCAGCUAUACAUAUUCUACCGCACCAAAGCCUGUGAUGGAUAACAAAAAUACUCCUAUGGCUGGAUUUGGUUAUGGAUUACCGAUUUCUCGUCUUUAUGCUAAAUACUUUCAUGGAGAUCUCAAUCUGUACUCCAUUUCGGGGUAUGGAACAGAAGCUGUUAUCCACUUAAAGGCACUUUCUACAGAAUCUAUAGAGAAACUUCCUGUUUUCAAUAAAUCUGCAUGUAAACAUUAUCAGACCUCUGUAGAAGCAGAUGACUGGUGUGUUCCUAGGCAAAAAACAAAUCCGUCAACACAGAAUGUUGUUGUGUGAAGAGUACAUUUGUCCAACACAUUGAGAUGGGAUCAAAUCACAGUUUCAGAAGGAAUUAAUGAAGUAAAUUACUUGAAGUCACUACUGUUCAAUACAAAGACUUAAAUGAGAUGAAAGAAAUUAUACUGAAUGAUGCUACCCAUGCUGUGUUUGUGCAAUGUAAACUAGUAGGAGAAUUAAAGGGAUAGAGUAAUGCACAUGUUGGUGGUCUUGAAGUUUAGAUUAACACUCCAAAAAUUCUAAAGUUUUCAGAUUCCUAUGUUUUGGAGAGAAAAAAGGCUAUAUGGCUUCUAGCAGUAUCUAUAUUGAAGGAAAUGGAAAACCAUGAAGGAUUUUCAAAGGAAUUGAAAUGGAUGGAAUUAGGUCAUCCGUUAAUUGAAUAGGAUAUGAGGCUAUCAGUAAAAACUUUUAUGAAUGGAAUUGUUUAUGCAACCGUCAAGUUGAAAUUAUUUCACAAUAUGGGUUUAGGUUGUAUUUGAUAUUUAAUCUGACAGCCUCCUUCUGUACUUCAAAUAAAAUACAACUUUAAAAAUAUAUUAGUAAUUUAUUGGAGGUCUUUCAUAAGGGUGUAAUGAUCAAUAAUCUGGUGGAGGAUAUAAUACCUACAUUUUUAAGACUUUAGGAAAUACAUUAACUGAGACACAAGAAAAAUAAUUAUCCAUGCAACAGUAAAGAAUAACAAUGGUAGAAUAUUUUGUGAAGAAUUGAUUGUAAAAAUACUUCAUUGUAUUGCUCCUUAAAACCAGGAAUCUAUUAUGGGCCCAGCUAGUACCAGUAUAGAUUGUCCUGCCUUUUCUUUAUAGGCAGAAUUGCUAACGAGCUAAUCUUAAUACAUUUUUAAGGAAUUAUUGUGACAAUUUUGCAUCCAUUCUUCUUUAUGGCAGUUUUAUCGGUGUUGUAUUUGCUAAUUUCCACUUUUUCAUGGAUUCCAAAUUCAUGUGAAUAAGCAAUCCCAUCCAUAUGGGGCUAUCAUGUGCAAUUGGUACAGUGCCAACAAAGGCUUAGCUGUUAACAUUGAUGAAAUAUUGAAUGUUUUCUGAUGAAAAUAUAAUGCAAGCUUGGAAAAUACUGAAUGUUAAGUUAACUAUUAUUAGAUCCUAAUCAUGAAAAAGAAAUCUAAUUGUUAUGCUAAUGGCAAGUGCAUAUUCGGUAGUCAGAGUGCAUUAAAGAUACUCCUGAUGAGAUAUUUAUGGACUGCUUGAGUACCAUAUUCUGGUGGGUAUCACAAAUGGUAUCGAACUAAUAGCAUUAGUACAGAUGUUAAUUCAAUUUUGGCCGUUACAAUAAUAUUUGUUACUAUGAUACACUUGUUUAACUUGAGCAAUAUAGUACAUAACAUAAAGAAUUGCUUUGCUAAUAUUGCUGCUGAUCUGCUUCACAAUCUUUACAGAGGACCUGGAGACUGUCUGGAAUAGGGAAUCAGCCAGAGCCUUUAACAGGAUUGUGCCUAUAUGCAAUACUCCCCAUGAUUUAUGGAGGGGAUGAGGAAGCUGAAAAGGAUCAACAAUCUGGCAAGAACAGGAUGGGUAUGGUGCAUCCAACCUUAUCCUUCUUGGUAGUUUUCAAUACUAUCAACCAUGGUAUUCCUUUGGGGACAACUUAGGGAAUUGAGGGUGGGUAGAACAGUUUUGUGCUGGCUCACCUCUUUUAUCUGAGGAUUGGUGUUGAUAGGGAGUGAGAGAUCCAUUUAAGGCGUCUGUUUUGUGGGAUGCCACAGGGUUCAAUUCUCUCUCCAGUCAUUUAUAACAUCAAAUGCUAACUCAGAUCUUCUGUCACCAUGCGAUGAAAUAUCACUAAUAUGCUAAUAAUACCCACUUAUAAAUUUCCAGCCUGGGAAAAGUAGGUGAUGUGAUGGAUGUUCUUCACUGCCUAGAAGCUAUAGUGGCCUGGAUGGGGAACAAAAGACUUCAACUGAACCCUGGAAAGAUAGUGUGCUAUGGGUAGCUCCCUCUAUAAUCCAGGAAGUUAUCAUUUUGGGUGGAUAGUUAAGUACUGACAGACAUAAUACUUAACCCAGGGUCCUCCAGGACUUGCAUUCCUGCUCAAAGAGCAGGUGGCAGCCAUAGGUAGGAAGACUUUUGCUCAAGUUUCCUAGAUAGAAAGGCGCUCUGCUUGGUCAUUCAUAUCCUGGUCAACUCCUGUUUAGAUAAUUGCAUAGCACUGUACAUGAGACUACCCUUGAAAAAUAGCCAGAAGCUUGAUCUAGUACAGAAUGAAUGAGCAAGUUUAGAUGCCCAAAGAAGGAUGCAUGUAAUACCUUUGCUCUAUGAAUUGUAUUAGGUACCCAUUUGCUUCCAAUACAGUUGAAGGUAUUACCAGUAGUUAUGACCUAUAAAGCCCUACGUGGCCUUGAUCAAGCUCCUAUGGAAGUAUUUUUAUACCAUCCAGUAGGGCAGGGGAGAUAUAUUGCAAAUAUGUCCAUCAUUUAAAGAACUUUGAUUGGUGGGGUCCAGAAAGAAAGCCUUCCCUGCUGUUGCUCCCACCCUGUGAAAUAUUCCCCCCGCCCGGACAAAGGUGAGGUAGGUCAGCACUAUUCUGGCCUUCUGAAAAAGAGUUAAAACAUUGCUCUGGGGGGACCCAGAGGAACACCAGGCUGGCUGGUACCCUGAAAGCCCUCCCUUAGCCUUUUAGUUAAUUUUAACACUGUUUUUAUCAUCCUUGCCUCUUUUUAAAUUUGUUAACUUUUAUAUACUGGUUUUAUAUUUUAAUACUUUGUUGCACACCAUUUGAGAAAGGUGGGUGGUUUAAAAAACAUGUGAAAAUUAAAAAUAAAUUUUAAAACCAACAUUGUCAAUCCAUGCAUUGCCUCUACAAAAUUACUAGAGGUGUGGUCUUUGUGUUAUUGCAAUCUAUCUAUCUAAGUUACUGAAUAGUUUAAAUAACUUGUAUAGGACUGGAACAAACAUGAGCCUAUGUUUUUGAGCAAAAUAAAGUUGAAUACCGUUUUGUAUACAACACAUUUUAUCAAAAAUCUGCAGAAUGUGAGAAAUCUAAGUGUUUUUAAUUUUAGAAUGAAUCAUUUCUGUCACAAUUUACAUUCUGAAACAGGUCACUUGAAAUACACUAUGCUUAUAAUAAAAUGUUUUUUUAAAAUA